AUGGACCAUUACCCAGAGGUCAGCGUCAACGAACGCGAAACCCCUUCCUCUAGAAUAUCUUCUCGCCACGACUCAGCGUCAUCAGUCGCCAAAGCCGCUGCUGCUCAUCAAAGGCCCUCUGCCAUCGACACACAAGAUACCACAACAGCACGAAAGUCAUCAUACCACUCCUUCCCAUCGCCUUCAACGCACUCGUCAGACCACUCGGCGCACCGCUCUGAUUCCAACUCAACGACCAACCCGAGCGUUCAACGCAUUGAAGCGGAGUACUCACAGUAUACGGAUGCGCCGCCUCCAUACAGCGAGAAGCAGUAUGAAGGGAAGAGCGCCGACGAACAAAAUCAUAUGAGGAUGACGGACUAUGCGAAGGAGAUUUCGAGGAUGAUGGGGCGGCAGCUGGUUAGGGGACUGAAGAUUGAUGAGAAAGAGAAGGGGAAGAAGGAAGGGAAGACGAAUUGA